AUGGUCCGCAAUAUGAAGCUCCUCACCCAAGGAGGCUCUCCACGCCGCCAAACCGGCACGAUGGAUGACUUCGUGUCCACACCGGGCACCUGCAGCGGCUCCGGGCCGGCAGACAAUAUGGUGCCCGGAUCCCCAGAAGCUCCACAACAGAUGGUGCCCAAGAAGACACCCUGGCGCUCCUCUCCCCCGGCCAUUAAACAGCAAAAAAAGCGCAAUUAA